AUGCAAGAAGCAAUCCCUUUUAGAGCCUACUCCCCGGCCACCACUGCCGGCAACCGGAAACUCCCGGCACGUGACUCAUGUGAUCAUGGUGGUGCUAAUACGAGUGGUACUGGACAUGUGCUAGUAGUGACCAAUGGUCAUGAAAAUCAUGUCCAAAAAUUGGUGUUGGAGAAUUCAGUCAUUGUGUUUGGCAGACGUGGGUGUUGCAUGUGUCAUGUUGUGAAGAAGUUGUUACUAGGGCUAGGGGUCAACCCACCGGUCUUCGAAGUGGAAGAGAAGGAGGAAGAUUAUGUGAUCAAGGAGUUAUCAAUGAUUAAUGGUGAUAAAGGAGGGAAGGAUGUUGAUCAAGUGCAGUUUCCGGUGGUUUUUGUUGGAGGAAAAUUGUUUGGUGGAUUGGAGAGAGUCAUGUCUACUCAUAUUACUGGUGAGUUGGUGCCUAUCUUGAAAGAUGCUGGAGCUUUGUGGCUAUGA